AUGUCUUCCAAUGCUUCUAAGAAACCGAGGGUAUUUCUCGGUAUUUCAAGCAAGAAUGGCCAGAGAAAGAUUGAAGGCAAACGACGGCGUGUCAUUCGACAGACCUACCUCCAAUUUCACCAAACUCAUAACAGUACGGCAGAUCAUCGAAUAUGUUCCCUUCCUGAACUCCUGUCAACGGUUCAGAACCCUGACGAUUGUCAGAUGGUGUACACUUUCUUUUUCCCAAAUUCAAAGAGAAUGACAAAAACUUCAGCAAUAAAAGACUUUCUGAAAAAUACAUCGGGGGAAACGACUACACAGAGCAAAGAAUCAGAUGCGGUUUUCUUCAAGCUGAAAUCGCCAAAUGACGAAUUUGAAGGAAUUAUGAAAUGGAUUCAAUGGUCCACCGCAAUUCAAGGUGCCAUUGGCGAAUCGUCGCUGGGACAAUUUGACUAUCUGGCGUAUAUCGACAUCAGCACCAUUGUCUAUCCCCAUGAGUUUUGGGGUCAGAACACCAUCUUCCAAAACUAUCAACCUUCUGUGUUUGCUGGAAUGCCCAACAAGAAAAGCGGGGAAGACUGUCAAGAUUCCUUCUGCUUUGAUCAUAGAUUCACAUGCCUUUCUCAGGACCUUGCCACAUAUCUAGCAUACUCGGAACCCCCUGGAACUGUCGGAGGCGGUGUGGGUCCGAACCUGCUUCAAAAUGUGAAAAAGUACGAAGAGUCCAGUGGCAACGAGGUUUCAUGGCUCGAGGUAGAAGGAGUGCGCAACAUCUAUGGUGAACCGGAACGAAUGAUUAACAAGUGGGAGAGUUACAUCUCAUCGAUUGCCGACUCUACUACUGGCGAAGACACGUCUGUGGACAAAGAAGACUUCCACCAUGCCAAUGUCACGACGUACAAUGGAAAUGCCCGAAUUCUGGUGGGAAUCUUCACCACCAAUCUCAAGCCUAUUGAACGCAAACGACGAGACACGAUACGAAAAUCAUACUUGGGUGCCUACAAGAAGAGCAAAACGCCCCAUCGAAUCUGUAGCUUGCAAGACUUGCUCAAGAAAAAAGUGGAACCAGAAGACUGUCAGUUUGCCUACACCUUUGUGGUCGGGGCCAACAGUAGUGCUCCUACCGAACAAGUUGAUACGGAUGAUUUGGACUUGAUUGCCAUUCCACGGGACAAAAUGGAGAAACCAGAACCAGAUGUCUUGUAUUUGAACAUUAAAGAGAACAUGAACGAUGGGAAGACAGACACUUGGUUUCGAUAUGCGUCCUUGAUUGUAGAACACCAGCUGUAUUUUGACUACAUGGCCAAAAUGGACACCGAUACGGUAUUGUUCCCUCAUCCACUGUUCGGAAAGAUGGAGAAUUGGCCCAAAUAUCCCAAUAACAGACGUAUCUAUGGGGGAGAGUAUAAUGUCAAACGAGAUGGAGACAACCGGAAAGAUUUGUUGGUCGGAGCAAGUUACUUCAAUGGUCCAUUCUACUGGAUGUCGCCUGAUAUUGCUAGAUUCAUUACCGAUUCCGAAAGGUGUAACCGAACAGCCUUGAGGACUAGUGCGGAAGACAUGACGAUUGGCAAUUACGUCAACACCUUCCCACAUACGAUUCAUCGAUUCAAGAUGAGCCCCAAGACCUAUGACCAUCCAUUCAAAGACAUUUCUCAUUUUAAAAGACGGUGGGGACGCUACCAGCGAAAGUUCAAGAAGUUUCACAAGCUCUGA